CACACACACACACCAUAACCAGUCUGAGCCUUUAACUCUAGGCGUUUAUCUUCAGCAACAGCGGUUCUGUCUUAUUGCAAACAUGGGCAACUAUUUCUCACAGAUUUUCUCUCGUCUCUUUUCGAAAAAGCAGAUUAGGUUGCUUAUGGUUGGUCUGGAUGCAGCAGGGAAAACAACAGUGCUCUACAAACUCAAACUUGGUGAAGUUGUCACAACUAUUCCAACUAUUGGUUUUAAUGUUGAAACAGUUGAAUAUAAAAACAUCUCCUUCACUGUGUGGGAUGUUGGCGGUCAGACCAAAAUCAGAGGUCUUUGGAAAUAUUAUUAUCAAUACACCGAGGGCCUGAUCUUUGUGGUGGACAGCAGUGAUCGUGACCGGAUUGAAACAGCAGCAGAGGAACUAAACGCGAUGCUGGCGGAGGACGAGAUGAGAGACGCGCUUCUGUUAGUUCUUGCUAACAAGCAGGAUUUACCCAAAGCCAUGGCGGUCCACGAGCUGACAGACAGACUGGGUUUACACGCACUGAGAGGAAGACAGUGGUUUGUUCAGGCCACAUGUGCGGUUCAAGGAUCAGGUUUAUAUGAAGGACUGGAUUGGCUCUCGGAUCAACUGUCCAAACGAUAAAACACUGCAGCGUUCAAACUACUUGAAGAAAGGACACUAAAUCAGAACUGAAUGUAGUCUAUAUAUUAUAUGUCUCCAACUU